AUGUGGGUUCCAUGGAGGAAGAAAUCCUCUACACACACCCACACCAAUAUUAAAUCAUCCUCUUUUUCUUUUGAUGAUCACCCUCCAUUAUCACCCAUUCACCAUCAACAUUCACCUUCAUUAAAAGACAUUGAAACCCUUUUCAACCAUCCUUCUCCUUUCACUCCUCUUCACAAAUAUUCCCUUUCAACCCCAGCCCGAAGCCCGACCCAUCAAUCCGUCUCCUUCAAAGACAUUGAAUCUCUCCUCUAUGAUGAAACCCAGACCCGAACCCGAACAAACUCUAUUUUCCAUCGAGUUAAAACUUGGGCUACCCGACAUCAAGCCCAACCCAAUCCACCACCCGACUCAGACAACAAAGUAGUGGUUUACUUCACUAGUCUUCACGUAAUAAGGAGGACUUAUGAAGAUUGUAGAGCCGUUAGAUCGAUUUUGAAAGGGUACCGUGUGAAAAUGGACGAACGAGAUUUAUCCAUGGAUGGGAAGUAUGUGGAUGAGUUGCAGAGAAUUAUGCCAAGUGUGAAGAAAGAAAAUUGGGGUUUACCGAGGGUGUAUGUUAAUGGGAAAUAUUUAGGUGGGGUCGAGGAGAUCAAACGGUUGCACGAGAAUGGUGAAUUGAAAAGGUUGAUCCAAGGGCUACCAUUGGCUGAUGGAGGAGUAUGUGUUAAUUGUGGUGGGUUUAGAUUUUAUGUUUGUGAAUGGUGUGAUGGAAGUCAUCGUGUGUUUGUCGAUAAAAUUGGGGAGUUUAAGAAUUGUAAAGUUUGUAAUGUCAAUGGGUUGAUUCAAUGCAAUUUUUGUACUUCCGUUGUAUUUUAA